AUGGAAACGAAAAGGUUUACAAGAGUUCUUCAUUCCUUCACCAUGAAAAUGGAGAAAAGGAGAACAACGACUGCUGAUAAGGAGAACAAGAAGAGAAUGAGAAAUUUUCUUGCGACACAAUUCAGUGGCAAAAAUUACGAUGAAGAAAUUUUCACGAUGAAAUGUCAAAGUGUCGGAACACAAUGGAAAUUAUUUGUGUUGGAAAAUAUUUCACCAUCAUCCUUUAUCAUAUCAUAUAAUUUCCUCCCCAAAGUAUCUACUUAG